AUGGCAACCUCAGAAGCUUUAGCUAACAUAACCGUGUUGAUUUCCGGAAAUGGCUCGAACUUGCAAGCUCUUAUCGAUGCUAUCGCCGAGGGCACUAUUAAAGCCAAGAUAUCAUUAGUUAUUUCAUCUUCACCAACCGCCUACGGUCUUGAAAGAGCCGCAAAGGCCAACAUCCCUACAAAAAUACAUACUUUGAAAUCGUACUAUCUGUCGAUUCCAGCCGACGUUUCUCCAGAAGAAAAAAAGAAGCAGCGUGCCAAGGCCAGAGAGGUGUUUAACCAAGAUCUUUUGAAUAUUAUUUUGUUCGGAGACAAAUAUGCCUCCCAGGAAUCAGUGGCUGCUACUCCAUUCUCAUCAGGACACAAAUCACCAGGCUUGAUCGUUUGUGCCGGGUGGAUGUUGAUUUUGUCCAAGGAUUUCCUUGUAAAUUUGCAUCCUUACAACAUCCCUAUCAUCAACUUGCACCCAGCUUUACCGGGGCAAUUCGAAGGGAUCAAUGCCAUUGAAAGAUCAUGGAAGGCUGCCCAGGAUGGAGAAGUGGAUAAGACCGGUAUAAUGAUACAUAAAGUAAUUCCUGAAGUUGACAAGGGUGAGCCAUUACUUGUCAAGGAAUUAAGUGUCAUUAAAGGAGAAACAUUGGAGGAAUAUGAAGCCAGAGUACACGCCGCUGAACACGAUGGUAUUGUUGAAGGAACAGUAUUAGCUCUUAAAACUUUGAUAUGA